CACAACUGCCAGCCACAGCAGUGAGAGCAUCUGGUCUGUUCCACAUUACACCCGGGGACUGCUGCCGGCUCGGACACAGAGAAGCACAAGAAACAAGUAGAAAGGGAAAACUAACCAUCAAUCAAGACAAACCACUGGCAGUAGAUCCCCUCCAAGGAGCAGAAAAUGAACAGCAAAUUCCAGAUAGUAAUUCUAGUGGUCCUUGUACUUAUCUGCGCCUACGUCUCCACAGGAAGCACCAGCGUCGUGCCGAGAUGCCUCUGCUUUCAAACGGUGAAGAAGGUGCGUUUACAGAAUGUGACGGAUUUCCUGAUAAUUCCCAAGGAUGCUCACUGUUCAGCUACUCAGAUCAUACUCUUAGUGAAUGUAGAAAAUGAGCAAAAGGAAGCGUGUCUUAAUCCAGACUCAAAUCAAGGGAGACACCUGAUUUCAUGUUGGCAGAGAAUUGGCUACAACAUGAGCAGGAAGCACCAAUGUCUUAAAGUCCAGAGACGAAAAAAUUAGGAAAACAGGAGCUGAAAGAAUCACUGAACCAUGAUGUUAUUCAGGAUGAUAAAAAAAGAUUGAGAUCACUGAAUCUUACUUUCUUUUUUAAUUCCUUGUAGUGUUCAAUGUGGAAGCACUGCAUUUAACAGUGCUCAAACCGUCACUAAUAUUUCAGAACCACGUACCAAGACAUUGUCUGCUCAGUCCUUUGUCUUAUUGAAUCUAUUGUUGAUGUCCACUCCUGGGCUGUGACAUGUGAAACAAAGAUGAAUGCAAAGAUACAAUUUAUUUAUUUCUGUUAUAAUUAAAAUCUAUGCUGCCUAAUAUUAAAUUAGCACCUCCACAUCAAGUAAUGAUCAUAUAGGAUCAGAUGUAGUUUCCUUCUUGUGUGAGAUGAUACACUUGUAAAAGUUAAUCUGCUGAAUAUUCCUUCCAGUGUCUACGAUUUGUCCAGGACAGUGUGUGUAAAACGUAAUUCCAAAGGGUUUGUCUUAAGGAGUUCAAAAAUAAUCUAGAUGAAAUUGUAAAUCAUUCAAUGGUUUACAGAGCUGAACGAAUUAAUUGUAGACCAAUUGAAACUGUUUAGUGUUUACAUGAAUUUGCACUACAGUGCACUCUUAGCAAUGUAAUUAUAAAGUAUUACCUAGAAUUGUAUAACUUAUGCACAGUUUGGUAUUAAGCACAGAGAUAUUUAUAUAAUGUAAUGUUUCUAUUUGUUAUUGUAGAACAGAAUAUAUGUAUUUUUGUAAGUUGAACCAUUUUGCCAAACUUGUUUGUAUGGAUGCUAAACAUUUCAAAUUUUCUAAUAAAAUUCUUAA